CGUCCAGCCCCCCCUCCUCCCCAAUAGGCUCCCUGUCGCUCAACGUGGAACGACAAGGAGAGCAAAAGACCAGACGGGCGAAUAUGCGGCGAACAUGACUGGACGAGACCAGCCUAUCCGUAUGUGCAUUCCUGACGCUAUGCUAUCUCAGAGAGGCAUCAUCCGGGCUUGGAACCAAGCCCAGCAUCGUCACUAGAACUCUAGAAGCGGGAGAGAUAUGGUAAGCUGGCGAAAAGUAAAGCCUACGAUAGAUGGAGUGGGUGUGUAUUACCCACCUACAAUGAGGUCCGUGGUGAGUUGAAGCCUACCGCCCACAGCGAUGCCACCGCGCCGGCUUAAACGUAUAUCCACCUGUACCCGUAUAAUAGGGUCGAAGAAGAAUCCGGGAUUCUAUUUCGAGAAAACGCACCCACUGCCAGAUCCAUAACGAGACGAGGUAUGCCGAGCUAUCACGGCUAUGAUCCCAGAGGUGCGUCGGAGUAACGCGCUGCGCCUCGCACGACUAGGACAUGAUGACGAACGGACUACGACGCCUAAUGAGCUCUGGAUGGCGGAGAGUCGUCAGGAUCCAGUGCGUAUCCCGUACGCAUACGUAGGAUAUCUCCCCGCAUCGCUGGGCGCUCCAUCACCGCAGCGACACGGUCUCCGAGGACGCCGACGAGCUGGUCCGACACACCACUCUCGUCGACACCCCUCUCGGAAAAGUCUAUGUACAUACACAUACCUAUGUAUACAAAUACAUAUAUGGGAAAGACCUCCGGGUUCCGGGUCACAGUCACGGCCCCAGAAGCAUCCUUGCAGCGGAUGCACGGCACUCUGCCCAGCAGAGCUCGGCAGACCUUUAACACCUGCCAGACGCGGAAAAGAGGAGCACCAACCAGUUAAUACUCCGUCGGAAAUCGAGUCGAGCCUUCGUAACGCCGGUGGAAACACAGCUGCACCGAAGAAUCGAUUCGCGACAAUGGUCAGUGUUCGGAAGCCGAGGUCGACCAGAUCGGUCCAAGCCUGCCACUGUCUCGCUUGUAUAUAGUGGCAGUGCUGCGUCAGUUAACCCGCUCUAGGGCUAUGAUCUUCACCUCGGUGACACGGCGCCCAGUGCACUGCCCCAAUCUGUCUUGUGCAGAUCGUAGCGUGUCGCCGGCCAUAGCCAGGGGGCGGGGGGAGGGCACUCCCGUUUCUCUUUUUUUCCUUUUUUGCUUGCUUUGGGCUGAUAUUCGCCGAUUGGAGACGCAGGUGAGGUUGUAGGCGUUAGAUACGGCAGCAUCCAAUCGGCUGUUCGCCAAGAGGACAAUGCGCAGAAACAUCGCAACGACGGUCUCAUACCCGGCCAGCAUCACAUCUACCAUAGGAUGAAGUUGUCCUGGAAGGUUGGUUAAGCAGUUGCUGCGUCGGCGCGCGCUACAGCAUCAAGGGAGGAAAAAAAGACAGAUUGUAUGAGCAAGUAGCUUGGUUUCACGCAUCAAGUCAACCCAGUUGGCGAUUUGCACUAGAGGUAGCGCCUCGUCUCAACCGGGGAGGAAUUCGUAUAGACCUAGCUGAUUGACAAGAUUGUGGAAAUGGCUCGAAACGAACGCGUUAAGCAUAGAAACAAUAAAUCCAGCAUUCGAUAUACCUAUAACGGAUGUUACUACAGACACG